AUGGUGUUUGAGCCCUCUCCAUAUCAGGAUCGGCGUACCUGGAAAAUGACGCCCGCAAUGUUGCGGGCCAGAAGACCUUUCCUCAAGAAAAACGUGGCAGGUCUGUUGGUGUUGUUGGGAGUGACCGGCGGCAUAUACGCGUACACGUACCGGUUUUUGCAGAAGGAUAACGAUUUUGUCGACGUUCCAAUCCCUCCUAUUGAUGAGAAAGAGCUUGCGCAGCUGCGUAGGGAGUACGAGGAACAAAAACAGCGGAGGGCAUGA